AUGACUGUUUUCAUAUCGCCAAUGGCCUCCGUGACGCGCUCCAGGCGAGCUGAAGGCCACACCACAUACCCGAUGCUACAGACGCGGUUCAGCAACAAUAACAACAACAAUAAGAAGUUGGUCUUUUCGCAAGCCAUUUCCGUCGCUCCAAAACGCCGUCGCGAGGAAAAUCAAGAAAAGACAAUUGAUCUCAAUCCCAUUCAAUCGCCCAAGAGACAGCGACUCACUAUCAAUUUGUCGUCGUCGCCAAACGCAGCAUUUCACCCCAAGACGGUCGCGCUGCCGCCACCACCUCCUCCUGCCCUGAGCCACCCUCCGACACGCUCCCGACCGAGCGGAGACACUGCCACCGCGGCUCACUGUUCACCGUCAACAUCAACAUCAACCCAGAAUCCAGCAGGGAAAACCCCAACCCGCGUCCGGUCGCGUCCUCCAUUACCACCACAGCCAUCAUCCCCUUCGAUUCUAUACAAAACGGACAUACCACAACCGCCGCAGGUAACAGCGGUUUCAAACAAUAUAGAGUCUCCUAAGCCGCCAGCCAGAGCCAGAAAUGCUGUGUCCCGCGAACUGGGUAGUUUGCACGUCAAACCCUCGGAAGCAAAGGCCACCGAAGGCCGCAAGCUACGCUCACAGGAAAACACACGGCUCAAGAGUGACCUCUCGGCUUAUUUCCCGGACUACGAUGAGGUAAUUGGAAACGAUCCAAGGCAGGAGAAUCUACUGGAGCCCCGUACUCCCAUAGUAAUAGUUGAUGAUCCAAAGGUGGGACGUGAUCAGCAAGACCACCGGCAGGUUGAAUCCUUCGCUGUCAGGAGCUACAGCGAUAGUCUUUUCGCCAAUCUCGUCGACACCCAGGUGUUCAAUCUUGACUUCCUACAGAAUCAACUUUCUCUGGAUGAUGAUCACACAGACCCUCUUCCAGACACCCUCUUCGAGCCGGUACACAAACGUGCAGAACGCGCAGAACGCUCCGUCCGGAAUACGGAAAGGGGUCGCGCUCAGCAUGAGAAGGAGCAGAUCAUACGCCUGUUGGAUGGGCUUCAGGGCCACGACUGGCUGAGGGUGAUGGGCGUUAGCGGAAUUACCGAGACUAAAAAGAAGGAGUUUGAGGAACCACGACAGCACUUUAUUCGCGGAUGCGAGGCUAUCUUGGAUAAGUUCCGACUUUGGGGUGUCGAGGAAAAGCGUCGAAAAUUGGAAAAGGAGCGGGCAGUCGCCCAAGCAGCACGGGCAGAGACCGAGGAGUCUGUAUCCGAGGAAGAUGCAGAGAACGAGGAUGUGGGAGAAGAGCAAGAAGAAGAAGAAGGAGAAGAAGCAGCAGCAGAAGAGGAGGAUGACGAGGGAAACGACGAGGAAGUUCCCGACAGCGAGGCUGAAAGCGACAUAGAUGCUUCUAUCGCCAAACAGCUGAGUGACGAGUCACAAGCCCGUGCUCGCUCUAAGAAACCACACCAAAGGCCACUUGACCCCAUGGAGUCGCUGGAUUUAUUGCCACCUAGACCCUUCACUUCCUUCUUCGAGAAGAAGUAUCAAAGGGACGCGGCGCUUAGCAAGAACCGCCGGAAGGGACGAAUGGUCCUCGCAUGGGGCCACGUGGUUCCCGAGAUGGGAGAGGUAGACUUUGAGCUACCUGAGGAGUUUUUGGACGAAGAGACCCUGAGAAGGAAUGCAAGGCGGAAGAGGAGGGACAAGAGAGGUGUUCUCAGACGUUGAUGUCGUCAUUCAGGUCAUCUGGACCACCUGCCUGGGGAAUGAGCCGACGUUUUGUGCAUUGUUGGGUUUGCCUCAUACUAGAACUAGUUGGAAUAUGAUACCAGUUUCCCAGUCUCGAAUCAGAUGGCUCAUUACUAAUGCGAUUAGAAACCUGGCCAUAUGUUCAGAAUCUUCGAUAAAGAUCCG